AUGUCUGCGGUAGAUGAGCCAAGACCGGUAAGGUUGGCUGUACUCGGCGGCGAGUCCACUGGAAAGACAGCGCUCGUAUCAAGAUUGACUUUGAACAUUGUGCAUGAAGUGCAUUAUCCAACAAGAAACCAAAAUAACUGGCUGUUUGAAUUCAUCCCAAGAUCAAAAAUUGCGAAGACUAUACUAGACAGCCAGGCACACGAGAGGUUACUACGUCGGACACCCGGGAGUGAAUCACUGGAGCCCAUCUUCAAAUCGCCGUCGGUCAAUGAUGACAUUUUGCUUUCGCCGUUGACCUUCCAGGCCUUCACUGAUAACUUUGGAUUCUUGAAGGCGCAACAGAGGGGUAAUGUGAGUAAUAGCUACCUUGCCAAGAAUGCGGAAACGAAGAAGAGCAGUCAACUGAAACAUAGCCAUAGUCGUGAGCAGAUGAGCUUCUCGAACUAUAUCAGUAGUACGAGUUCCAGUUCGCUUUCUACUGAUUUUGACGCUGCCACAGUCGAUUAUGAAGGGUUUCAAGAUUAUGGUCUCCCUGUCAACUAUGUUCCCCCAACGUACAAUCCAAUACCGAUUGAUAUAAUUGAUACACCAGGCUUCAAACCGGAGAUGGUCGUCCCAUUUCUAGAGGUUUCAUUGUUCAGGAACCUUGAUAAAUCUGUACUGAGGGGGCUUGCUAAUGAGCCGCGACAACCAGUGUCAACUACGUCCUUACUGGUCGCUUCAGGUGCCUCGGAACUUAACGGUAAAAUUGACGGAUACAUACUGGUUUACAGUGCCAUCCCUGAACUAUCGCACCACAGCAUACCUGAUCCGCCAAAUUACGAUGAAGAUGUAGCUGAACCUUCUGCAUCGUCCUUGGAAAACCAACCAAACGAUACAGCAAAAAAUUCCAAGUCAGGAGGGCUAUCGUUACUGCCCGUAAUACGAUCGUGCAUACUUGAUGCAUGGACUGAAUUCCGCAAUUACAAGACAAAUUGGGCAAUGGGACAAGAGGCGGAUAUUUAUUCCCUGGUACACAGUUUGAAAGGUAUAUGGAAGUACUCAGGAGUCAGAGCAAGAAAAUUAAAGAAGGUUAAUAAGAUGCGAACUUUCAAAACACACCUCGAUACCAUCGACCUGAAUCCUGCCUCUCCAGAUUCACCUCCUCCUUGCAUUAUAGUGUGUACACACAUACACGAUCCCAUGGCCAGCCCGUUAUUGGUUGAACGCGGAAGGGACAUGGCCACACAAUGGAACUCUAGUUUUGUCGCCGUGGAUAACCUGGAUGACUAUAACGUGGAUGUAACGUUAAGUUUGAUUAUCAAGGAUAUCGUCGAAAAGGAGAAGUUACUAAAUAACGCUGGUGAUGGGACCUCCGAUUUCGUCGGUCAAGGACGUCACAAUAGCCUCGGCAAGACGUCUGGUAGCAUGUUGAAAAAAAUCAUGAAGCCAUAG